CUGAUUCCGGAGAGCGGACUGCGCAUGCGCAACGGCCGCCACAGCCGAGCGGGCCGGCAGUUCCUUCCUCGGGAGGAGACCCCCCCCACCAUGGAGUCCUACGAUGUGAUCGCCAACCAGCCCGUCGUCAUCGACAAUGGCUCAGGCGUAAUUAAAGCUGGUUUUGCAGGUGAUCAGAUCCCCAAAUACUGCUUUCCAAACUAUGUGGGCAGACCGAAGCACGUCCGCGUCAUGGCCGGAGCGCUGGAAGGAGACAUUUUCAUUGGCCCCAAAGCUGAGGAGCACCGGGGGCUACUCUCAAUCCGCUACCCCAUGGAGCAUGGCAUCGUGAAGGACUGGAAUGACAUGGAGCGCAUCUGGCAGUACGUCUAUUCCAAAGACCAGCUGCAAACUUUUUCAGAAGAGCAUCCCGUGCUCCUGACGGAAGCUCCUCUGAACCCACGGAAAAACCGAGAGCGUGCCGCCGAAGUUUUCUUCGAGACCUUCAACGUCCCAGCCCUCUUUAUCUCCAUGCAAGCUGUGCUCAGCCUUUAUGCAACGGGCAGGACCACGGGAGUGGUGCUGGACUCUGGGGAUGGCGUCACCCAUGCGGUGCCCAUCUACGAGGGCUUCGCCAUGCCCCACUCGAUCAUGCGCAUAGACAUCGCCGGCCGGGACGUCUCCCGCUUCCUCCGACUCUACCUGCGCAAGGAGGGCUAUGACUUCCACUCGUCCUCAGAGUUUGAGAUUGUCAAAACCAUCAAAGAGCGGGCCUGUUACCUGUCCAUCAACCCACAGAAAGACGAGACGCUGGAGACGGAGAAGGCGCAGUACUACCUGCCCGACGGCAGCACCAUUGAGAUCGGCCCUUCCCGCUUCCGGGCACCUGAGCUGCUGUUCCGACCGGAUCUGAUCGGCGAGGAGAGUGAGGGCAUCCAUGAGGUGCUGGUGUUUGCCAUCCAGAAGUCAGACAUGGACCUCCGGCGGACACUCUUCUCCAAUAUUGUGCUCUCGGGAGGCUCCACCCUGUUCAAAGGUUUUGGUGACCGACUGCUGAGCGAAGUGAAGAAACUGGCUCCCAAGGACGUGAAGAUCAGGAUAUCGGCUCCUCAGGAGAGACUGUACUCGACGUGGAUUGGGGGUUCCAUCCUGGCAUCUCUGGACACCUUUAAGAAGAUGUGGGUCUCCAAGAAGGAAUACGAGGAAGACGGCGCCCGGUCCAUCCACAGGAAAACCUUCUAAUGUUUGGACAUCUUCACCUCUCUCCGAAGUUAACUCCACUUUCAAACUCGCUUUCCUGAGUCCAA